AUGGGCAGAAGAAAAAUCGAAAUUCAGCCCAUCACCCGCAAGAAUGGGCUGUUCAAAAAGGCCUACGAGUUGGGGGUCCUGUGCUCGGUCGAUGUCGCUGUGAUCAUCUUCGAGGAACGGCCUGGUCACCAUCUCAAGCUCUACCAGUACUGCUCAACCGACAUCCAUGAUAUCGUCCAGCGCCACGUUCGAUACGAGGGCGAAAAAGACACCCGCGGCCCGAACGACUUCUCAGGCAACGCCGGGACAAGGGCAGACGACAACGUUGAUGGGGAAGAUGACGAUGUGGAUGACGACGAUACCCAGGAUAUGGGUGGACGAGGGGCUAAGCGACGAGGGGAUGGGAAGGGGAAGCCAGAGUGGGCGAAGCCAUCGACGAGUCUGAGUGACUUGGGCAUGGGCGCAGACAUGGACUAUCCCCUCUCGCAAAACCGCCCACUAAGCAUCCCGCAGCCCCCGCCCAUCAGCAUGCAUGGCAACCAUCUCCACCACCAACUGCCCCCUUCCCACCCUACAUCAAGCACCCGAGAUGCCCUCAGAGGGGGGAGCAGUCUCCCAUCGCAAAGCGCAUCUAACAAGAGGCCCCGUAUCGCGCCCAACGUCAACGUCAAUACCCACGCUGUCUCCCACAGCCGUUCCUCAUCUGAUGAUCCCCAUUCCGGUGGAGCGGGACCAAGUAGCGGUUACUACCCUUCGUCAGCGACAUCCAGUUACCCACAGCGCCACCCCUCGGGCCAACAGUCACAACACCAAUUUGGCGCUAACUAUUUCCCGAUGACAACGCCACCUCCGUUCCCGCCGUUUGACUAUCCACCACCAUCGUCGUCUUCUCGAGGGCCCGGAAGCCCCGCGUCCGCAGGCGGCGGCUUCUCUAACACAAGGUACGACACGUCCAGCAGGGGAAUGGGUUCGAGGCCACACCAAAGCCAAGGCGGCGGGAGCGGAUUCCCCGGGUUUUUGGAUGCCGACGAACAAGCCAGACCACCCCCAAACCCCUCUUUCAAGUUCACCGGCCUCGAUUGGCCAGUACAUUCUCAGAGUUCGGGUCAGAGCGCUCCUCAGCCAGCGUUUGCUCGUGUUAAUGGCGUUGGAGUAGCUCCGAGUUCGGCCACCACAUCGUCAAGUGCGGGGCCCGAACCCAACAGCACCUGGUUCGACUUCCUCGCCUCCUCAUCCAACUCGAGAAGUGACAUCCCCCCGGACAUGUUCAGCGGGGGUGGGGGUGGUCCCGGAGACCCAUCCAAGCGCGGUAGGCCUGGCUCGGGACAUGGCUCUGAUGAUUCGCGCAAGACGGGGAUGAAGAUGGAGUCCGGCAAGGACAUCUAG